ACUUCCCUUUGUGAACACAUCCGACAGGGGUCACUGCAGAUGCUCGACGAAAUAUUGUAGAUAGACGGGAAAAUUGGUUGCUGCGCGAGAACUAUUCACAAAAUAGUUUGAAUGAACAUAUUGGAGAAAAUUAUUAUAAAUUUUACAGAUUGUAACAUGUGAGAAUUCAGCAUCAGCCCCCUGUGACGGCAAAGUCUCAGAAGAAGGUUUUUCGUUCACAGGUGGGAAAUUAUGAAUCCGAUUUGAGUUCAGACACUGAGUGAUGAUGACCGAGAGCAAAGAUACCAAGGAAGAUGACAGCAGCGUGCGGGUGGCGCUCAGGAUCCGUCCCCAAUUGGCGAAGGAGAAGAUUGACAUGUGUCAGGUGUGCACAUCAGUGGAAGAUACUCAGGUAAUCAUGGGUAAAGACAAAAGCUUCACCUACGAUUACGUAUUUGAUAUGCCCACCCUCCAGGAAACGAUCUACGGAGACUGUGUGCGAAUUCUCAUUGAUGGAUGCUUUGAAGGCUACAAUGCUACAGUGUUUGCGUACGGCCAGACAGGAUCUGGUAAGACCUACACAAUGGGGACUGGGUUUGAUGUCAAUCUCCCAGAAAAUGAAGUGGGGAUCAUCCCCAGGGCUGUGGAUCAUCUGUUUAAGGGGAUAGAGGAGUGUAAGCGGAAGGCCAAGGAAAACAAUAUCCCUCCCCCAGAUUUCAAAGUCAAUGCCCAGUUUAUUGAGUUGUAUAAUGAAGAAAUUCUAGAUUUACUGGACUCGACAAGAGACCCAGAGUCAAGGAUGAGGAAAUCCCAUAUAAAGAUCCAUGAGGAUGCGACAGGUGGUAUAUACAUGGUGGGUGUGGCCACUAGACCUGUCCAAUCAAUGGAAGAUACAAUGGAAUGUUUAAAGAAUGGUGCUUUAUCUCGUGCAACGGCCAGUACAAAUAUGAAUUCCCAGUCUUCCAGAUCUCAUGCCAUAUUCACCCUGCACAUUAAACAACAGAGAGUGGUUCAUGAUGAGGACCUGAUGGGCGAGAGCAAGGACUCUGAGGGUAUUAAUGAGUUUGAGACAUUGACAGCGAAGUUCCACUUUGUGGACCUGGCAGGAUCUGAGAGACUAAAGAGAACAGGUGCCACUGGGGACAGGGCCAAGGAGGGGAUCUCUAUCAACUGUGGACUUCUUGCCUUAGGCAAUGUGAUCUCAGCGCUUGGGGACAAGGCCAAAAAAGGUUCCCAUGUUCCUUACAGAGACUCAAAAUUGACACGGUUGCUACAGGAUUCGCUGGGUGGAAACAGUCGGACACUGAUGAUUGCCUGUAUAUCGCCCUCGGACAGAGACUUUGUAGAAACACUGAAUACUCUCAAGUAUGCUAAUCGAGCACGCAACAUUAAGAACAAAAUUGUAGCCAAUCAGGACAAGUCUUCUAAACAGCUGGCGGCCCUCAGAGCAGAAAUAGCUACGCUUCAACAGGAACUUAUGGAUUACAAAACUGGUAAACGCAGGGUAGAUGAAGAUGGAGUGGAGACUGUCAAUGACAUGUUUCACGAAAACACCAUGUUACAGACGGAGAACGAUAAACUCCGACAGAGGAUUAAAGCCAUGCAUGAAACUGUAGAGAUGUUAACGAAGAGGAACUCGGAUCUAUUGGCUGAAAAGGCAGUGCUGGGAGUGUAUAACAUAUCUGAGGAUGCAAGGGACAGUGAGGUGACUAAGUUAAUAGAGGGCUACAUCAAGGAAUUGGAAGAACUCAGAGCAAAACUAGUUGAGGCUGAGCACACAGCUGAGCAAUACAGAAGGAAGACUGUGGUGACUCGGAUGGGAAGCAGUAUGUCCUUGAUGAACGACCCCGUGAGUCCCAUCUCCCCGGGGCACCUGUCAGGGAGUAUUAUGGGAUCUAUGACAGAGAGUAAGCUGUCCAUUAUAGACGAGGCAAAGAGGGAUGUCAGCAGAAUGAAGAAACUGAAAAAGCUGAAAAAGAAGAUGUACUCUAAAACUGGUGAAAAAGAAGACCACUUUGAUAGUGAGAAGGACCGAAAUGAAGCUGAACAGAAUGAGGAGGAUCCAAUUGAAGAAGGCAAGGAGGAAAAUAAAGAAGAGGAAAACAAUGCAAAUAUCAAUGGAGAAGAAGAUGAUGAUGGAUUAAGUGGAGAAUUGAAUGGAGAUGAUGAAGAAGACGAUGAUUUGGAAGAAGAACUGGAAAAUCUCUCCUCCGAUUCUGAUUCAGAAGAAAGAGAUUCAGACAACCUUCAUGAGGACUUGGCAGAACUCACCUGUAGUAUCUCAAUAAAACAACGCCUAGUGGAGGAGCUUGAGCAAGCUCAGAAACAAGUUCAAGCAGUCCGCCACCAGUACGAGGACAAAGUCCGUCAGCUCCAGAUGCAGAUCCGAGCCACGCAGGAGGAGCGGGACAAAGUCCUGUCCAACAUUAACAGCGUGGAAAGUCAGUCCGUGGAGAAGGUCAAAAAGGUCAAAGAUGAGUAUGAGAAGAAAUUGAUAACACUGCAGCGUGACCUAAAGAAGACUGAGCAAGCCAGGCGUGACUACACCCGCAUGCAAAAGCAAUCUUCUUAUCAUGAAAAGCAGCUGAAAACUCUGCAGCACGAGUUGGAAGAAAUGAAGAGAACUAAGGUAAAGUUAAUGAAGCAAGUGAAGGAAGAGCUGGAGAAAGGUAAAGCUGUGGAGGCCAGACGCACCCGAGAGGUGUCCCAACUACGAAAGGACCAAGUACGCAAAGAGAACAUGAUCCGCAAUCUGGAGAAAGAGAAGCGCCAGAAAGAGGUUGUACUGAAACGCAAGCAGGAGGAGCUGAAUGUCAGCAUAGAAAAAAUCAAGAAUGAGGUUGAAGCACUGAGGAAAAAAGAGAAGAAACCAAUGUCAGCAAUGGCUGCCGGAAGAGUAGCCAAGUAUGACCGUCCCAAAACUAUACCAGUCACUCCAUUUACGUCAUCACCUCGUAGAAAAAAGCGCACAGAAUUCAGUGCCAAAGCAUCCAAACAAAAGUGGGAUACUCUCGAGAAAAAGAUUUCCAAUGUGAUAACGAAGAAGCAAACUAUCAUCAACAUGGAGAAAGACAUGGACAUAUGGUUAAAGGAAAGAGAAAGUGUCUGCAAGAAGCUGGAUAAAUUCUGCAAGAAGAGAGAUGUAGCAAUUAAAGAAAACAAAGAUGACUCAGUGAUAGGAGAGCUGAACUGUAUCAUCGGAAUGCUGCAGGGACAAGUUCAGUACACACAGGAGUACAUUUCUGAAUGUCAGUCACAGAUUAUGCAGAUAGAGGAGGCCAAGGAGGACAAUGAAGGUUUCGAUGCCACAUCCUUGAUCAGUAAUUGCUCCGUAGAAGAGGCCCGAUAUUUACUGGCACACUUUAUCCAGACAUCCAUAGGAAGGGGGCUGGCUUUGUCACAGAAGGAGAAUGAACUGAAGGAAAUGAGAGAGAUGCUACAUCAAACAGAAUUAAACAACACCUUACAACAGGACCUGCUCAAACACAUGAUCAAUGACCGAGUGGACAUCGAGGUGGACAACCUGAUGACCAAUGCUGCUGAUGAUGUGGAGUCAUCAGAAGAAUCCUCUUCAUCCUCGCCAGCAGACAGAAUGAACUACAAACCCAAUAUUACUGAACGUUCCACAAACUUUGAAAAUUUAAUUAGCAUGUUUGAGAACACUACAGAGACUACUAAGCCCACUGCGGUUAACAGUACUGCAAACGCUCCCAUUGCCGAGCCCGUUGGUAGGGGACUUAAGGAGCCAACCACUCCGGUCAGGAGGAAAACUCCCCUGCCACAGGAGUUACUAUACGCUGAUGGAAGUCUCACCCCACUUCUGCCACUGCCAGAGACCCCCGAGGAAGAUGAGGGGGAUCCUCCCAGAAAAGAACCCCCUGAGGUCCCUCCCAAACCCACAAAGAAGCCAGCAACUCAGGGGGUAGAGAGCCAGCUGAUGCCACCCCCCAGAACCGUAGGGAUGAUGAAGAUGUCUUCCUCAUCCAAUCUCUCAAGGAUUGGAGUAGAAGCAGCUGCCAAGCCCUCCCGCCCAGAUCCGGGUCCCUCCCCUCGAUUCCAGAGAAAGGAGUACACCAAGCCUAGUCCGGAACCAUCUCCCGUGUUCAGGCGGAAAAAUAAUAGUAGUUCCAGUCUUAUCUCCAGGUCUAGCUCUAUAGAUGCCACCUCUUCAGAUGCCACCCCUCCUUCUUCCCCCACCCUAUCUCGACGUUCCAGAGAUCGUCCUACAGAUGAUAAUGUGUUCUCCAGACUGACGAGUAAUACACAGCCACCAGCCAUACAGCCACCCAACAGAGGUCAGAUUUUACCCAACACAGGGAAGGUACCCCUGAGUAAGACAGCCCCUGUGGUGUGUACACAUACAGCUGAGGGACACACGAAGGCGGUGCUCUCACUGGAUGCCACGGAAGACCUCCUCUUCACCAGUAGUAAAGACCGCACGGCCAAAAUCUGGGACUUGCAUACAGGGAAGGAGGUGGCUUCAUUUACCAGCCAUCCAAACAACGUGGUGUGUGUGAGAUACUGUCCUCAAUCCAGGCUGUUGUUCACCGUGUCUCAGUCCUAUGUCAGUGUGUGGGACACCAGGACAUCCUCCAGGCAGUGUGUCAAAACUCUUAGUUCCUCUGGGUUGACCCAUGAUGGUUGUGUAAACUUUGGAUCGACCCGGCAGAUUGAGUUAGCUCCAGGAGAGCACCACAUUAAUGAUAUAGUCCUGAACCAGGACGGUACAGCUUUGUACAGUGCUGCUGGGAGUGUGGUCAGAGUUUGGGAUCUCAAAAGUUUUAGUGCUAUUGGUAAAUUAAACGGAGGUCAUCAGGCAGCAGUGAUGGCAAUAGCAGUGGAUCGGUGGGAGUCUAAGGACAUCGUCCUGACUGGAUCCAAGGACCACUACAUUAAGAUGUUUGAGGUGGUGGAGGAGAGGGCUGGUAUUAUGACCCCUAAGUAUAACCUGGAGCCCCCACACUACGACGGAAUUCAGUCGCUCUGUAUACACGAUGACACACUCUUCAGUGGAUCCAGAGACAUGUGUAUCAAAAAGUGGGACCUGUCAUCUCAACAACUCAAACACUCUAUAAACUCGGCUCACAAGGAUUGGAUUUGUGCUUUGAAAUUCAUGCCAGAAAACAGUGUUUUGUUCAGUGGCUGUCGAGGAGGGUUCCUUAAGUUGUGGAACGUCGAGAACUGUAACCAACUCGGAGAAAUCAAGGCUCACACAAGUCCCAUCAACGCCAUCGCAACAAACUCGUCUGCCAUCUUCACAGCAUCCAAUGAAACUGUAGUGAAAUUCUGGCAGUACAGGAGAAUACAAUCAUUGACCACACUGUGGGAAUCUGGGCCAUCAAGUCCGGAACCGAUGUCAACGAAAACGGGGAGAGUUUGGAGUAAGUCAGGCAACCGGUUUGGGAACAAGUCUCGCGUUUGACAACAAAUUCAACAUUAGACCUUUGUUGUGUUAAUUUUCAUGCCAUGCUUGAAUGAUUUCAUUUCGUGAUGCUUCGAAUACCUGUCACUGUACGCAGAAGUUGAAAAAUUGUCAUUCUUGAAAGCUUUGGCAAACCAGUAUAGUGCUUCAUAUCGACAAUAUCUCUGAAAAUUUAUUAUGUACUGCCGAGUCUAGUAUAUCAAGUCAAUGGCUUAGAAAAACACAGAGACAUUCUGAAUUCAUUUAGUGUCGGCUCAUGUUUGACGAUAUUGUUAUGACUUGUUAUUAAAACAUGUUGAAAAUAGAGGUUAUAAAUAGAGUUGAAACCAUUCUUGUUCUCCCAUUGUUAUAGUUCCAAGGUUGUGAUGAAUGUUGCUGCAGCUUUAAAUGGUGCAGUUAGCUUUAUAAUUCUAUGUACCAAUGUCAAUAGUAAAAGAAAUAUUUGGUGGUGCAAAUGGUUAAAGCACCCAGUACAUACUGGUUUUAGAUGAAAAUCUCGUACAGGAGGAUUUUUAUGUAUCCACAUUGAAGUGGGAAGUCCUGUACCAGGGCAGAUUGUGUAUUAGAAUCAUAGUAAAGGAGUAUUUUAAUAGUAUUUGUGAAAGUCUUCCAUUAGGAAUAGAUUGUUUUGUAGCUGUAAUAGUAAACAUGGGGAAAGAAUUUUCUGUCUAUCUAUAAAUAAAUGAAAAUAUAUAUAGAUUGUACUGUCAGAGGUCCUUUUAAACACUUUUGAAGAUCUAAAUAUUUGUAUUUAUGUUACAUAUAUAGUAAAUACAAAUUAAUUCCAUAUGUGUUUUUUCUUUACUUGCAUCAUGAUGUAUAAUUAAUCUUAGAUUGGAUAUUUCAGCUAUUAAACAAGAUCAAUUGUAACAGGAAAAUAAAAUGAACAGCAUAUGUUUUUCAAGUAUUUCAUCAAAGUAAAAAGAUUUCGAGUCAGUUGGUUUUUUACCCUCUGUUUCUGUAAGUGAGCUGUGCUCAAGUGAAGCUACAUUGUGUCUUUAAAAUGUAUGAAUUGCGUAGCUUGGUAUGUAUAUAUGUUUUCUGUUCAUAUUUAGAUUUCUUAUCUUUUUCCAAUCUCACUUGAAGCUUUUAAUUUUUUGCAUGAUGAUAACAUUCCAACAAGUUCUGUGUUUAAACCUGUGAUGGUUAGCCAAUUUUCUUGGUACAAUAAAGCUGAUAUCCACACUGCUACAUUGACCCCCCAGGGAGUGUGUUUUGUGUCAUUAAUUAUUAAUAUUUUUACAUUUUUUGUAAUUCUAUACUAAUUUUGAUACAUUAAGAGGGAACAUUAUUUGAUGAUUCAUAAUUUGUUGACAUGAACAAAUGGAAACUGAUCUCGUAAUAUAGAUUACAUGUAGUAUCAAAUAUUUUUUAUAUAUGAGGCCACUGGAGGAAAGGUUGUUUUUUUCUCACUUAAUCAUGUGAUGUUUGAUUCUCCAUAAAUUGAAUAUUUGUCUUCGAUUUUAAAUUUUCACUUAUCUGCACACAGUCUGUAGUUCUUUUGGAAUUAUUAUCAAAGUACGUGUGCGAGUUUCAUUAUUAUUCAAGUACAUGAAAGUACACAUUUUCUUUGGUGAGAAAAGGGGAAACCACAACUUUUGUCAGUUAUUUUGAUCAUAUUGUUGAUCUCUCAUAGUGAACGUUAUUAUUUUUGUAUGAAACGUAUUUGUUUAGAAUUCAUGUAACUGGUUCUAACAGAUCUGAAACAAUAACAUACACUGGUAUCAUGUCAGAUUUCACACUUAGAUGUUAUUCAUUUCAUAUUUAUUUCCCAAUACUGGUAUUUUGGUGGGUUUUUUUAGAUCAAUGCAAAAAGAAUAGAGACAUUUUUUUAAUUUUAAAAGCUACAGCUCAUUGCUAUUGGGUAUUUCUAUAUAUAGAAAUUGGUUCAAAGUUGAAAGAAAAAUUUGUUGAAUAUUUUUUGCUGGAUACUUUUGAGUAUGUUCAUUGUCUCAUCUCCAACAAAUUGGUACUGUCAGUGUAUAUGGUAGACUGUCUCAGUUAUUUUUGUUAGUACUUGUAUGUUUGUUGUCAAGGAGUCCUGCCCCCUUUUGUCUCUUGGAGGGACGGAGCUUUGAAUCUUAUUUCAGGGAAUUGUUUCAAGAUAAUUCGUACAUGCGUUCUUUGUUAUUAUUGAAGUCAUUGUCAUUUUGAAGCGUUUGCUUGCUAAUAAGUAAUGUAACUGAAUAAAUAUUUUAUAUUUUAUAAA